GUGGACACGACUUCAAGUGGCCGUCGUUGACGCCAGCCGUUGUUGUUUCAUCAAACAUUCACACCUGAAGGAUUUUGAGAGCUGUGACGCACAUGAAGAUGAGAGGGUGGGGUUUGUAUACUUACUUUUCUCCUUUAACCAAAUCAAGGAAACGAGGUUAUACAUAAAAAAGCACUAGUAAAAGUCCAGAUAAAGCAUAUUCUCUCUAGUUCAACCGAUAAAGGUAUAUAUAUAGAUCUGGAUGAGGUCGGGCUCAAGUUCAGUCAAUCUUUCGUCCUACCAAGCGGACGACGAUCUCUCAGAGGACUGAUAUCUUCAGAAUACCUGUCUUUUUUUUAUGACCCCGUGGGUUCCGGAUCCAAGAUGAAGCUUCUCUGCGCUUCUCUCCUCCUAACCAUCCUCGCUGAGACUGGAGGUAGGUCGGCCAGCAUGCAAGAUGCAAGCAGAUGGAGUCAGUUUCCCCUAUUUCCCAAUGAAGACCCUUCCCGAAUGAUGGAGAAGAAUAAGGGCUCUCAGAAGGAAGUUGGAAUUGUUGCAGUCCGUCCAUCCCCGUUGAAACCCGAUCAAGUAGAUACGGCUUUGAAUGCAGCAGCAAUUCCCAUCAUCCUCCCAGUUGAAGAAACAACCGCGGGGAAACCAGAAAUCGUACCAAAAGCUGUAGGGUACAGCUCCUGCAACUGGUGCAUAGCAGCAGGGAAUUCCCUCAAAGUUGGUCGGAUCCGCGAUGUAGCCAGACUUAUAAGAGAACUCACACGACUUGAAUGCAAUUCCCUCCAGCUUCCUUCACCACAAGUCUUCGAGUGCGUCGACCGCAUGAGCUACAGCUUCAUAUCGACCUUUACAGCUGCUCUAGGCAAGAAGCCAAAUGGUUUGGAUCGGACGACAAUCCAGAAGUACUGCCAAGCCAACAACUUCUGCUCCCGCACAUCAUUAAUGGAUCUAGAUGAUAUCUCACCCGAUGAGAAAUGCAGCAUAUGUCGGAUCUGGGAGGUGGAGCUGGAUGCCAUUGACCAGGAGACUGAUCUCAGUACUCUGGAUUCAUACAGUAUUCGCGAGAUCCUCCUUGGCAUUUGCUAUCAAAAUGAAGAGCUUACCUCAAAACCCGAUAAAUGCGUCACCCUCAUGGAUCAUUAUGAACAAGACAUCGUCGCCCAUCUCAGCAAUGACGUUGAUCCAAUAGGCAUCUGCAAUAUUCUGGAGCUCUGUGGCUUUUCUAUUGCCCUGAAUGACCUAGAUAUCACCCCAGAAGAGAAGUGCAGUACCUGUCGCAUCUGGGAGACAGAGCUGUCCAAGAUGUACCCUGAAAUUGGCGAUUAUAGUUCCACUGAACUUGUCUCAAUUCUUCACAGCAUGUGCAUCACACAUCCCCAACUUGCUCCGCAAAUGGACAAAUGUCAGGCCAUCACAGAUCAGUUCCAGGAUGAAAUAGUCCAUUUCCUCAUUAACAACAAUCAAAAUCCAAGUGACCUCUGCAACCACCUGGAAAUCUGUGUAUUCAUUCGACUUUCAAGACCUGCAACAGUGCUCCCCUGAAGCACCAAACUUUUGGACAUACUUCCUAACAUCUGAUUUGAAGUCCAGUUG